UGGUUCCGAACUUUCCGCGAGUGACAGAUACCUACCUACCCAGUUCGCGCAAAGAGACGAUUAAAGAUUCCAAUCGAACGGGCCUACCUACUUGCGUGUUGCAGGAAUGUAGUGCGUGUAUCCCUUCUCAACUGGCGUUUGAAUCUCGCGUAAUUUACCCAAUCCGUCCGUCCAAUGUCCAUGACAACCGAGUCUCCGCGCUCGCACGCAGUUUAGAUCAUAGUAGGCUGUUAUUCGGUGCGGUCGUUGAAUCUGAUCCCGUGGAAGUUUUCGCCACUGCGCAAAAGUAGUGGUAUUGACGAUCAUUGAAGAAGCAACAGUAGGACGCCCCAUCCCAUCAUCAUCGUCAUCGUCAUCACCAUCAUCAUCCAGACAGGCCAGGGAGGGAAGCAAGCAGCAGCUGAGGAAUUUCAUUCAUCCGAUCCGAGUUGAUCGUUCGUUGUGGUGGUCGUCGUCGUGGCGACGCGAAAGUGUGUGGAAGGUGGAGGUUACCUGUCAACGGGGUUGGCCUUCUUCGAUCGCUCGAUCGAUCGACCGUCGUCAAGAUCGCUCUUCUAUUGAACCAUCAGGGCAGGGGGAAGAUUCUGACAAACAGAAGUUGCUGUGCCGUGCAGGGGGGAAGCAAAGCCUGCUACGAUCACGACGACAACGACGACGACGACGAUCAAGAAGAAGUAUAUGUAAACAAAAGUGAUGAGGUGGACAAGUGGAUAAUCGAGGACGAUCGUCAAGUGCAAAGAGACUCAGUGGUCGUGGUGUUCGGUUCGGGUCGUCAAAGGAGAAAGUUUCGCGUUUUUGGAAGAUGAUCCUGUGGCUGCAGUUGGUGCUAGUGUUGGCUGGGCUGGUCCUGGUGCGGUUAGUGUAUCUGUUGGUCACCAUACGAUGCACCUCGCGGCGGAAAGACGGAGCUCAGAUCGUAGGGGCCAAGCGGAAAGGUCCGGCCAAAACGAUGAUCGUCAUGGGUUCCGGAGGGCAUACGGCUGAAAUGUUGCAGAUUGUAGAACAGCUGGACUUUGCCAAAUACGCUCCCCGGCAGUACGUGAUCGCCGAGGCCGACAAGACCAGUGUCGUCAAGGUGAUCGACGUAGAGGUUCGACGGGAACCGGAUCUGGCCAAGCAGCAGUACGAGAUUGUGACCAUCACCCGGAGUCGUCACGUCCACCAGGGUUACUACAGUUCAAUAUUCACCACCUUGAUGGCCAUCGGAAACAGCAUCCCGGUGGUGCUCCGGUCCCGACCGGAACUGAUUCUGACCAACGGACCCGGAACUUGCGUUCCGGUCUGCCUCGUAGCCUUCCUGACCAAGUUGUUCUUCAUCAACCGUAACUGUAAAAUCGUUUUCAUAGAGAGCUUCUGCCGUGUGAAAAGUCUCUCUCUCAGCGGCCAAAUUCUCCAGUGGAUAACGGAUCUGUUCGUGGUGCAGUGGCCUGGGCUGGCGCAAAACGGUUCCGGCCUCGUCGGUCGGAAGAAGGAAUACUUUGGACGGUUAUCGUCUUGAGAGAAGCGCUUUUUCGUCGAGAGAGAGAACGUCCCAGUCCACCCGCCCCAAAUUGAAUCGAAGCAACCCAACCAAUCAAAGCAACCUGACCAGAUGAUCCGUUAAUGUGAGAACGACAGAGAGAAGAGGAUACGAUCGUGCGUGCGUGCGUGCGUGCAAGAGUGAGAGAAACGAAUCGCAAUGUUCGCGAGAGUGAUUUAGUACAGUCUUAUGUAUCUUUAUCAAUAAUUAUCGCCUUUAAUUAUACGGUUAUAAGAUUUAGCAGUGCUCUGGUGUAUCAUUUUUUUUUCUUUUUAUACAUAUAAAUAUGAUGUAUUGUCGUCGUAAUGUUUUAUAAAUAUUUUAUAGGUUCGACUCGUGUAGACACAAAAA